GGAGGAGCCUGCCCGAUGCUUAGGCAAAGGUCCAGGGCAGCCCUGCCCAGCCACCCCCAGGCAUAAAUCCGUGGAAAGAGAGGAUGGCACAGAGAAGCCCAAACUUCUCAACACUCGGCCCAACCGAAAGACGGAUCCGGAACUUCCCGCUGCACAGCCAGGCCCUGACGGCGGUUCCCCUGGGCUCGGCCCGCCUGGUGGACCAGCUAGAGGACCGGAUCCUCAGCCAUGAGAAGACCACGGCCGCUCUGGUGGAGCACGCCUUCCGCAUCAAGGAGGACAUCGUCUCCACACUGCACCGGAUGCAGAACAAGGGGGGCGGCGAUCGGCUGGCCAGACAGCUGCUGGAGGAGCACAUCCGCAAUAUCACUGCCAUCGUCCGGCAGCUGAACCGGGACAUCGAGGUUCUGCAGGAGCAAAUACGUGUCCGGGAUAACCUGAGUUACGGAACAAACUCGACCCUGAAGAGCCUGGAGAUGCGGCAGCUGUCUGGCCUGGGAGACCUUCGAGGGCGAGUGUCCAGAUGUGAUGCCGGCCUGGCCAGGGUGUCCGCAGAGCAUAAGGUCACCUACGAGAGACUUCAGAGCCUGAGUAAAGAGCAACAAGCCACGAAACUGAUCCUGGAGUCCAAAAUCAAAGAAACAGAACUACAAAUUUCUCAUCUUUUGAGCAGAAUUGAGCAAUCUGUGAUGCAACAAGAUGCUAAGCUCAAGCUGGCCUACAAAGAGAGCAACCAGCAGCUCCACCUUCUGGACACCAAAUUGCAGGAGGCCAUCGAUCACCUCACUGCCCAGAUCUCCUCUGCCCGUAGCGGGAUGGAGCAAGAGCAGCUGCGCUUUGAGAAGGAGUUCCUGGAGAAGAUAGACCGCCUCUCUGUGGCCAUCAAGGAGAAGAGUGAAAUGGACAGCAGAGCCCUGGAGAUGCAGCUGAGUGAGAUCCAUGAGAAGCUGGAGAAAAUGGAGGCUGUGCAGAAAUUUGCAGCCCAGGAGCAGGAGGCGAAGCAGGCCGAGGACAGGAUGAGCGUCCAGCUCAGCAAACUUCAGACCGAUUUCACCGAGGAUAUCAAAGAAGUCAAGGCAGAGGUCAGCGCUGGACUCACCACCAUCUAUGAGAGCAUUGGAUCUCUGCAGCAGGUCCUGGAAUCGAAAAUGAAGCUGGACAAGGAGGAGCUGCAGCAGCAGAUCGAGCAGAUGAAGUGAGGGGAGGGGAGCCUUGGAGAGCUUUCUGGGUCAGGAGGUCACCAGCAAAGUGUCCUCCUCCCUUUGCUCCAGGCUGGGAGGGAAACUCCCCACCUGGGCCAAGUGGCCGGUCCCGUUCCCUGGAGCUGGGUGGCCAUUCCCUGUAAAUAAGCAGCGCCAGGCGCGGCCAGCCAAACACAUCCUUGGAAAGGGAAGCCCUGCGAGGGCCAUGGCCGUGCCGUUCUGGAUCUCAGCUCCCUGGACUUUGGACACUUGCUUCCUUCAGUCGGGGCAAAGCCUCACAAUGCCAUAGAUUCCCACAUGCCAAAUAAUCCAACAACCUGGGCCAGGCGACGGGUCAGUGAAGGAGGCACUGGAACCCAACUUGCUUUGCUUGGAGCGGGACUGAAAUGGUUUGCAGCUUGUAAGUGGGUGCCAACCGAGGAGGGAAGGGGGCCAUCACCAGGAGCAUCCUCUGGGCCAGAUUUUUGCUGUCCGGCUGGUGGGUCCUGCAUAUUCAAUGACUCCUUUGGCUUUCACCAACAUACCUGCCACGCGUGAAGGUCUCAGGACAAGUUCCAAGAAUGUCCUGCCGGAAAGGCCUGUAGCUUUUGCCCGCUUGUGCUUCCACACGGUCUGCGAACUCCAUUCUGCUCCGCACCUCUCUCGACUCAUUCUCCCCAUUUCCUCCCUCCUUUUUGACCUCUCUGGACGCCUGCUCUCUGGGACCGCUCCUGCCCUGGCCCAUGUGCCCAUGGAAGGCCUCCUGCCCCCACCUUGUGGCUGCUGCUCCAACAGCCUCUCUCCUCUGGCUCCAGAACUUCUG